CACAGCUGUUUUGUGUUGUGAUUUUGGUUUCACCCAUAAAUUGCAUAAAUUCGUCUCUUACUUUUGCUGUUGUUUUAUCUUAAUUACUUUAUAAAAUCAUUGACAAAGUAGCAACCAAAAACCUCAAACUGACACUAUAAGUGUUACAGUGUGCUGAACGAAGCUGCAGAUUGAAACGUUGAAAGGGAGAUCGUAUUGUGGUUUUUUUAUGUGACAGUAAUAUGGAAAAUUCUUCUCUUAACGAGGCUCACUACCAAGCCCGAUGCGCCGAGACGCACCUCCGAGCCAAAAGGUUCAACGAAGCUUCAGAGUGUCACAUGAAAGCUGCCAACCUUUUGGACAGCGCUCUCGGCAGCACUAUUCAACCAAAAGCAAUAGAGAGCAUCCAGCUUCAGAAGCAGUAUCACCUCAGACAAGCAGAACUUAUCCAGCUUAGGAAAACUCAGUAUGAAAGAUACUGCAAGGACAUGGACUUGGAGAAAAACAGACACAAGAUGGUCAUGGGACAACUUGCAAAUGACAGCAAUUUGCAUGUUGCUAUUUUCAGAACAAUGGAAGAGGCAGAUUCUUUGAUGACGAAUCUGCUUCGGGACACGGGGGCUGUUGCAAGGGAGGAAGUGCAAGAACAAGCGGUCGUUCCGAUCAAGGGCAGCAAACAUCCCAAAGAUGACAAAGUUGUUGUGGAGGAGCUGAAAACUUUGACUCAACAUCUGCACGAUUUGGUCAAGCAGUUGGUCACUCAGCUCGACGCCAGGGAUAAGGAGAACGAGUGUCUUCGAACCCAAGUGCAGCUCCUCACUGACCAUCUUGAGGCCAGCUUUGCUUCCGACAUAGUGACCCCGAAGCACUUGAGUCCUGAGGGAACUCCCACAGCAAGCCAGGGCGAUGCUUUCUUUGACACAAGAACUCUGCCGAUCCUAGCACCGCUUGAACUGCCCCAGUUUGACUUUUCGGUUUUUGAAAAAGCAAAGGAGGAUGGUGCUAAUGCUUAAGUCGGUGAACAUAUUUUUACUAACUUGUAUUUUUUUGCAAAAUAUUUUUGUGAUCCCAUUUAAAUUAUAUUAAAACACAUUGGUUGGAGACCUUUCCAAUUUUUAUUAUUGUAUUAUCACUUUAUAUUUUGACGUCCGUUGAAAUAAGUUUUUUUAUCAACCACUUGUUUAUAAUAAAAUAAAAUGUAUUGAUAUCUCUUUCUAGCAGAAA